GUGUAGUCAGCGGCUUCAUAGUCCGCGUCAACACAACACGUGCACAUCAAAACAUCAACAUCAAUCCAUUCGUCCUUUAAUUUUCUCCUUUUAGACCGAUUUUAUUAAAAUAUCCAACAAAAUGGAUAUUGUCAAGGAAGUUUUGGAGAAACAACAGAGGGAGUUGGAGAAAUAUAAACCCAUUACGGUUGAGAAACAUUUGGAAUGCGAAUUGGAUGUGGGUACAAUGUUAAUCACAGAUCCAAAUGAUUUGGAUGAGCAUGCAAUGAAGGAAAACAGAGAAAACUAUUUGCUGAAUUUAACCCGCGACAACACUCAGUUAUUAAUAAACAGCAUUUGGGAAUUACCUACGGAACGAGUUGAUGAAUGUAUUGUAGCCAAAUUGCCAGAGCCAAUUACAACAAUACCUCGCCUGCGUAAGAUUCCUGGACCUAAACCUAUGACUAAAUGGGAGAAAUUCGCAAAAGAAAAGGGUAUUACGAAAAAGAACAAGGAAAAGAAGGUCUACGACGAAACUUUGGAUAAAUGGGUACCCACAUACGGCUACAGACGUGCUGAUGCCGAAAAACAAAAGGAUUGGGUUUUGGAAGUGCCACAAAAUGUUGAUCCAAUGGAGGAUAUGUUCCAGAAAAAGAUCGACUUGCGUAAUGAAAAGGUGGCUAAGAAUGAAAUUCAGCGCAUGAAGAAUAUUGUAAGGGCUAGAAAGGAAGAGGUACCUCGUAGUGGUUAUUUGGGAGCAGAGGCUGCCACUUCCAAUCAGUUGUUGACAGCAGUUACUGUAGCUAAAUCGUCAACAGCUUCAGUUGGUAAAUUCCAAAACAAACUUCCCAAAGAGAAGGAAGCUCGUGGUAUUGGUGUCAAAGAACUUAUUCCAGGCUCCAAACGUAAGGCUUCCCACGUUACUGAUACCCCUGAAAAAGAAGCCAAUUUGGAUCUCAUCAAGAGUGUUUUGAACAAGAAACCCAAGAUUGAUAUUGAAAAGGCAAUUUCAUUACAGAAACAUGAUGAACGUUUAGAACGUGAGGAGAAUCCUGAACAAGGCAAAGGAAAGAAGGGUAAAAAGGGUAAGGGAAGUCGCAAAGCUGUAGGCAAGAAACCUAAAGGCGGCAGAGGUCAAAGAGCGCCCGGCAAAAAGCCUGCCAUUGGUCGCAAGAGAAGAUAAACUGAAUAUUCAGCUUUAAUACAAACACAACUAUAAGCUAAGAAAAAUAUAUUUUUUUCUGUUUAUAUUUUAGUUUUAAUUUAAAAAUGAAAAACUAUCUAUUUUUACGGCUAUUAUGAAAAAUAAUAUAAUUUCCAUUUCUACAAAUAAAAAAAGUCUUUAAAAAUAGCAAUAA